AUGGCAGAGGGGAGCCUGGAGACAGACGGCCACAGAUCCUCCAUGCCGGCUGAGCUCUGCCAUCCCCACUCUAAGUACUCUCAGUGGAAGUUCAAACUGUUUAGGCUGAAGUCCAUGGAGAAGGUGCCUUUGCCCACAGAGACUCGGCCCGAAGAAGGGGCCGUGACAGGGAUUUCUCCUCCUGCAGCUUCAAACACAGAGGCUGACAAUGGCACGGGUUCAGAGAGUGUUAUGAAAUUGUGCCUAGGGGGAAAAAGCAAGGAAAUUGUGGAGGGCCCUGGCCGGAGAGUCGAUGUGAAGCUGCAGGAAAUGGACACCCACAUGAACCAACUCAGGUGCUUGUGUCGUCUGUGUGGAAUGGCCCUGAGAACAGUCAAAGGUCCGGUGCAUGAUGUUAAUGGGGAUCUGGACGAGGUCAGCAAAGGCGCUUUGCGUAAAAUGGGCUGCAAGUUUACAGGCUGGCCAGACGUCGUUCUCAAAGUCUUUAAAGUGGACGUGAAGGAGGACACAGAAUCUGUUCACCCGCUUUCCUUCUGCCAUCGCUGUUGGGUGGUAAUCAUAAGAGGAGGGGGCUUCUGUAGCUUCUCCAGAACAAGAGUCCCUGAGUGGAAACCCCACUCUUCCACCUGCAACCUUUGCUCCCCCAGGAAACCUUCAUUUCAGCGGACAGGGAGGAAGAGGCGCAAAGCCAUUCCCAGAGUGCAGAGUCUGGCAAAGAGGACCAGGAGGGACCCCGGCGAUUGCAUUGUUGUCGGUGAGAGGAAGGCUCUCAGGCCAUUUGGAGACAAUCAUCAUGGUCCUAUGCUAAGGGCCAGUAUCCAGAGAGAGCACUGGGUGAAGAACAUCACCCACUGCCAGACAGACCACCUGAGUACCAAGUUAAUCUCCGAGAAGCUCCCCGUGGACUUCCUCCAUUCUUUCACCUGCCGGGUGUGCGACCACCUGCUCUCUGAUCCGGUGCAGUCUCCCUGUAGACACCUCUUCUGCCGCGGCUGUAUUUUAAAAUACAACCGUGUUCUGGGGCCUCACUGCCCGGCCUGCAACAUGUCUUGCUCGGUCGAUGAACUCGCUCCGCCCGCUAAAGGCUUCCUGUCGGCGCUGCAUUCCCUGUCUUUGCUCUGCCCCACGGGCGGCUGUGGCAAGGAGUUCAGGCUGGACUCGUUCAAAGCUCAUAGUCGCGGCCAUGAUGUGGAUGAACAGGACGAUAAGCAGCGGCCACCGGCGCCUGACAGCUACGCGCUGACCAACAAAGGGGGAAGACCUCGUCAGCACCUGCUAUCGCUGACCCGCCGUGCACAGAAGCAUCGGCUGAGGGACAUGAAGAACCAGCUGAAGGCGUUUGCAGAUAAAGAGGAGGGGGGCGACCUGAGGUCUGUGUGUCAGACCCUGUUUCUGCUCGCACUGAGGUCUGGGAAUGAACACCGUCGGGCAGAUGAGCUGGAGGCCAUGAUGCAAGGAAGAGGCUUUGAGUUGCAUCCUGCUGUGUGCUUAGCCAUUCGAGUCAACACUUUCCUGAGCUGCAGCCAAUAUCACAAGAUGUACCGGACUGUCAAAGCCACCAGCGGCCGCCAGAUCUUUCAGCCCCUGAACACCCUGCGGGCUGCAGAGAAGGGGCUUCUGCCUGGCUUUCACCCCUUUGAAUGGCAACCAGCACUCAAGAAUGUGUCUACAUCUUGCACCGUUGGCAUUAUUAAUGGGCUCUCUGGAUGGGCUUCCUCUGUGGAUGACUUCCCAGCUGACACCAUCACGCGACGGUUUCGGUACGAUGUGGCUCUGGUGUCGGCAUUGAAGGAUCUGGAGGAGGACCUCCUGGAGGGGUUGAGAGAGAGCGGCAUGGAAGACAGCGCUUGCACCUCCGGCUUCAGCGUCAUGAUCAAGGAAUCCUGUGACGGCAUGGGGGAUGUCAGCGAGAAGCACGGCGGAGGACCACCUGUUCCCGAGAAGGCUGUGCGUUUUUCAUUUACUGUCAUGUCCAUCUCUGUGCUGGCAGACGGCGAGGGGGAUGAGGUUACCAUCUUCACCGAGCCAAAGCCAAACUCAGAACUGUCCUGUAAGCCUCUGUGCUUGAUGUUUGUGGAUGAGUCCAACCACGAGACACUCACAGCUGUCCUGGGGCCAAUAGUUGCGGAGCGCAACGCAAUGAAAGAAAGCCGGCUCAUUCUCUCCGUGGGCGGACUACCUCGCUCCUUCCGCUUUCACUUCAGAGGCACGGGGUAUGAUGAGAAGAUGGUGCGCGAGGUAGAGGGCCUGGAGGCGUCAGGGUCCACCUACGUCUGCACUCUUUGUGACUCCACUCGGGCAGAGGCCUCUAAGAACAUGGUGCUGCACUCCAUCACUCGCAGUCACGAAGAGAACCUGGAUCGUUACGAGAUAUGGAGAACCAACCCGUUUUCUGAAUCUGUGGAUGAGCUGCGCGACAGAGUCAAAGGGGUCUCUGCCAAACCCUUCAUGGAGACCCAGCCCACGCUGGAUGCGUUGCACUGUGACAUCGGCAACGCCACUGAGUUCUACAAGAUCUUCCAGGACGAGAUCGGGGAGAUGUACCAAAAGGUCAACCCGACUCGGGAGGAACGGCGAAGCUGGAGGGCGGCGCUGGACAAACAGCUCCGGACGAAGAUGAAGCUCAAACCGGUGAUGAGGAUGAAUGGGAACUACGCCCGCAGGCUAAUGACCCAAGAGGUUGUUGAGGUGAUUUGUGAGCUGGUGCCCUCAGAGGAGAGGAGGGAGGCCCUGAGGGAACUGAUGAGGCUCUACAUCCAAAUGAAGCCCGUGUGGCGCGCCACCUGCCCUGCCAAGGAGUGCCCCGACCAGCUGUGCCGCUACAGCUUCAACUCCCAGCGCUUUGCCGACCUUCUCUCUUCUACCUUCAAGUACAGGUACAAUGGAAAGAUAACCAACUACUUGCAUAAGACUUUGGCCCACGUGCCUGAAAUCAUAGAGAGAGAUGGAUCAAUAGGAGCCUGGGCCAGCGAGGGGAACGAGUCAGCCAACAAGCUUUUCAGGCGUUUCCGGAAGAUGAACGCGCGUCAGUCGAAGGCCUUUGAGCUCGAGGACGUGUUGAAACAUCACUGGCUCUACACCUCCAAGUACUUGCAGAAGUUUAUGGAAGCUCACAAGGACUCUGCUAAAGCUCUGCAAGCCACCAUUGACCCAGAAGCAAGUCAGGAGAGUGAAAACAUGUUCUCUUCUCUGGAAGUUGAUGACUUUUGA